CUUUUUUUCAACCGCAAUAACUUCUUCAACCAAUCGAUCGUAACAAUUUUCAUUAUGCCUCAAACACCAGAUCUUCAAAACGUCCACCAGCAAUUGAUGGAUAUCGCUAAGGAAACACAGGAUGUUUCCAAAACUCAGUACAGUGCUAAAGAUGUUCAGCACCUCCAGAACAAGCUUCAUCAUAUCGAUGAGCAGUACCGAGAAGGCAUCGUUGAUGAUCGCGAUAAGAGCAAUCUCGAAGAUGACCCCUAUGAGCACCCUGGCCAGGCCCAGAUCGCCGAUGCUCUGUCCAAGAUCCACUCGGCCUUGUCCAGCAUGCUGUCCAGUGUUGAGCAGCAAAGCUAAGAAGCUGUAAUGAUUUUGAUUGUCAAUACAUCCACAAACACAACAAGCUUGA